AUGGUGGUAUAUCUCCCUGAGAAGGACUAUGAAUUCCCUAAUAUCGAUUUGUUAACUCUUCUUUUUGAAUCGCCCAUUCCACAUAGCACAGAGAGCACAGUACUUCAUGCUGAAGCGGCGGAUCCCUCGAACGCAACCACCAAAGCUCAGACGCGUCUUCUCACCCGCCAGAUUGCGUACAUCUUGCGCAACCACUUCGGUGUUGGGAGCCAAGGCGCAGGGAAGGAUGUCAUUGUGGGUGUUUCCGAAGGCCAGGUGUUAUUACCGUCCGUCUUCUAUGGAGUUAUAGCAGCUGGUGGUGUGUGGAGUGCCGCUUCCUCAACCGCUACUCCUCCUGAGUUGGAAAGGCAAAUCCGUCAGGGAAACAGCCGUUUGCUCAUCACAGGCCCAGGGUGCAAGGAUGUGGUGUUAAAGGCAGCCAAGGCUGCUGGGGUGCCACAGAGCCGCGUUCUUAUUUUGCGAAGUGCAGGCCAUGAGCGUGUGUUUGAAAACUCUGCCACGGGACAAAACUAUUUAGAUGGCUUGAAGCCGUCCGAGGUGCUUGACUGGGAGCGCAUCACAGACCCUAAGAAACUGGAAGACUCGCUUAUUUGUUUGCUGUACAGUUCCGGCACGACUGGUGUGCCGAAGGGUGUUAACAUCUCGCAUACAAACAUGGUCACAGAGGCUCUGAUCCCCCUCUACUAUGACCUCGAGUAUAUUGCGAAGAGACGAGCGACGGACCCUACCUAUGAGCACCCGUACCGCACACUGGCGCACCUUCCGACUGCCCAUGUUGCUGGGUGCCAGGGGUACUUUGCGAACCCUGCCGUUGCUGGAGGCACAGUUUUCUGGAUGCCAAAGUUCGAUUUUCAGAAGUUCCUUGGGUACAACAAAAAGCUGGAAAUCACAUCGUUUUUUUCUGUGCCUCCAAUCUAUUUGUUGAUCGCUCAGAGCCCGGACGUUACGGACCAGUUCAAGUCAUUGCGUCGCGCGUACUCUGGCGCUGCCCCCAUGGGAGCGGAUCUGCAGACCAAGGCGCAAAAGAAACUUGGAUGCCUGAUAAACCAGACAUGGGGCCUGAGUGAAACGACAGGUAGCACCACAGGUAGUGUGAGUCGUCUAUGGCCAAACAUGCGUCUGCGUAUUGUCGACGAGGACGGCAAGGAUGUCGAGGAGGGUAAAGAGGGCGAAUUCCUUGUAAAAGGACCCGUGGUUACCAAGGGCUAUUAUGGGAAUCCGCAAGCCACCAAGGAAGCCUUCACCGAUGACGGCUGGUUCAAGUCUGGAGACAUUGGUGUGCGCCGCGACGGACUGUUCUAUAUCGUUGAUCGAAAGAAGGAACUCAUCAAAUACAAAGGUCUCCAAGUCGCCCCUGCCGAGCUCGAAGCCCACCUUAUCUCGCACCCUCUCAUCUACGAUGCAGCCGUCAUUGGUGUCCCAGCACCUGACGGCUCUGGGAACGAAGUUCCACGCGCAUAUAUCGUUGCGGAUAAAGCGAAAAUCAGCGAAGACCAGGUCAAGGACUUUGUCAAAAGCCACCUUGCACAUUACAAGCAGCUCCGCGGUGGCGUGGUAUAUCUGCCAGCCAUCCCAAAGAGUCCGAGUGGAAAGAUCUUGCGCCGCGAACUUCGUGAGCUGGUGAAGAAGGAGGCUGGCGGUUCCAAGUUGUAA